AUGACUGUCCUGACGUAUGAGCUGAAAGUUUCUUUCUGCCAAAUCCAUAAUAGUUAUACUUUUAUUAAUGAAUACUGCAUCACUGUUUCACCUGACGCCAGGGGCGCCAAAAGGGUCACGUCAAUCGCAGACAGGUUGAAUGUGGAAUUUGCCUCGAUUCGCAAGGAGAGGAAGAAGGCAAAAGAAGUGGACCGGACGGUGCUGGUGGGCGAUGUGAAGGACCGCGUGGCCAUCCUUGUGGAUGACAUGGGCGACACGUGUGGCACCAUCUGCCAUGCUGCGGACAAGCUACUCUCGGCUGGAGCCACCAAAGUUUAUGCUGUCCUUACCCAUGGGAUCUUCUCUGGGCCAGCUAUUUCCAGAAUAAAUAAUGCCGCCUUUGAGGCUGUUGUUGUGAUAAACACUGUCCCCCCAGAGGGCAAAAUGAAACACUGCUCCAAUAUUCAGGUUAUUGACAUUUCGAUGAUCUUGGCUGAGGCGAUUCGAAGGACCCACAGCGGUGACUCUGCGUCUUACCUGUUCAGCCACGUCCCACUGUAAAUCCAGGAUUUGAGGUGUGGAAGCAAGCCUGCUCUGACUUCUGACUUGCGUGCAUUUGUCUGAUUUUCUAGCUUUAGGACUAAGCAGUUAUAUUGAUGCAAAAGCAUCA